AUGUCGAAUUCCGAUGGAGGAAAUUCAAGCAGCCAGCAAGAUGCUGCUAACACACGGUGGCAAUUCAUUGACGCCUCCGACAACCGCCGGAGCAACUUGACACAGGUAAAGCGUCAUGUGAUGCAAGAGUAUAUGCGCCAAAAGAAAGGUGGCUCUCGUCAAAGUGAGAGCGAAGAAGAACUGAGUCGACCACCACCCAAACGCGGACGUCCAAAAAAGGAUCGAGCAGGAAAACAGAAAUCUGUCAAAAAUCCUAGAAAAGACGACAAAGGUGCUUCAAGCGCAUCGACGAAUGAGCGAGGUUCUCUAUCUACAGAAGGAUAUGCAUCAGACGACAUCGAAAACGUACAGGGCUGGUAUUACGGGCAUCCCAUGUUACCACAUCCACACGAUGCGUCUUUCAAUCUUCCUUUUCGGGAUCCAAUGCCUGAGACACAAGGAAAUCCUUUCCUAUCAAACUUUGUCCAUAUCGAUCUACGGAAGACAGCGAGCUUUCCUAGCCUGUCAUCGAGCUCUUCGGCGUUAUCAACUCCUUGGGAACUUGCGCGAUCCCCACGAACUAUUAUGAGCGCUGCUAGGACAGAUCCAUUCAAUUCACUUCCCUUGGAACUGGACCUAGAUGGCCAAAGACUGUUCGACUUUUACGUUAACGAUAUGCCUGCGUGCUCUUAUGGAUCACAUUUUCGAUCACCAAAGGCCCAUAACUGGUAUACCCAAGUCUUUGUUCCUGAAGGAAUGAAAGGCGCAGUGGCAUUCCAGAACACUAUCCUCGUCCACGCGGCAAAUACCUGGGCCUGGGUCCGCAGCGAGGCUGAAACCACAGAUACCCUCUUGCAUCGAGAUCGCGCUGUCAGCAUGCUUCGCGCGCACCUAACUAAGAACCCCCGAGACAACUCCGAUGUCGCAAUUAUAUCUUGCUUGAGCGCUGCUGCUCUUGAAGACUUCGAUCCACGACCAGGUCACAAAGAAAUUAGUUGGGUUCAUAUGCGUGCAGCGCGCGAGAUGAUUCGGAGUCGCGGUGGGCCCACUGCCUUUGCUCACACCCGCCUUGGAAUGUUGAUCAAUUGGCAAGAUUAUAUCUUAUCGGGGUAUGAAACACAUGGGCCCAGCUUUUCAUUUGAGCACCCUACACCCAUCACAACCUUACCGCCGGAUUCUACGCCCUCUCAGCCUUCUGACAACAUCGCCUCUAUGCCCUCUCCGCCGUCUUCUACGUCGUCUGCCAUAUCCGAUACAUCACCCUGUGUGGAACCUCCUUCAAAUUCCUUGCAAAUAUCGACCACCUACCCCAUGGAUGAAAUUCGUCUUCAUUGCGAAGAAUUCCUCGAUUUUCUCCGACGCUGCGAGCAGCUCGCCCUCUAUCAAAAAGACAAUCCAAAAUCCUGUGAUCCAUCUCGACACACAGCAGUGUCAGAGACAUCCCAGCUAUUCCAAAUCCUAGCUGCACCUCCUGGCUCCCGAUUCACAUCCUCGGGAGAUCGCAAGCAAAUGGUCGCCCGGCUAACUGCGCUCAUGAUGCUGAACGCCGCCUUCUGGGACUACCGAUACACGCCCCUACAUGCAGGGAAUUUCCUCAGAACUCUGGACGAAGCCAUUAUCGACAGUGAAGUCAGCAUGAGUGGCUCUGUCGAAGCAAUCCUCCAGAUCCUCCUUGCAUGCAAUGACGGAUAUACAACAGAAUGGGUCACUGAUCGUGAUGGCACCAUAUCCCCUGCAUUUUCGGAGUUGACCCCGGAUUUCACACAAUAUUCUCCCAUUGCUACAUCCCCCUCCGCACGGCCCUGGUUUGCUGGUCGAAUGCUGAAAAUCGCUAAGCGGUUAAGUGCGGACUCGUGGUACCGAAUUAAUGAUUUCCUUUUCUCUUGUCUCACUAUGACGUUGUCGGAGCCUGCCGCAUAUCUGUGGGAAACUGAUCUACGGCGCGAGAUCCUUGAGGCGCCUUUAACGAGCUAUACUAUGCCUUCUUUGAUGUAA